GUCCUUUGUGGAUUUAUUCCCACCUCUCUGAAAUAUUUGGAAACUGAUGUCUUAACUCAUUGGUCGUGUUCACAAGUUCUACUACUGCAAGUCCUUUUCUUUUAAUGGAUUGGUCUUUUGCAAGAAAUAGACAAAAUAUCAGUGUGAAUUACAGCAAAUCCCUCUUCCAUGCUGUUAUGGGUGAAACUCUGGGAGAUUCUCUUAUUGACCCAGAAAGCGAUUCCUUUGCUGAUACACUGUCUGCAAGCACUUCACAAGGAAUUACCAUGGUUGACACCGAGAUGCCAUUUUGGCCCACCAACUUUGGAAUCAGCUCCGUGGAUCUCUCUGUAAUGGAUGAUCACUCCCAUUCUUUUGACAUCAAGCCCUUCACCACUGUGGAUUUCUCCAGCAUUUCCACUCCACACUAUGAAGACAUUCCAUUCGUGAGAGCGGACCCAAUGGUUGCCGAUUAUAAGUAUGACCUGAAGCUCCAAGAGUACCAAAGUGCAAUCAAAGUGGAGCCUGCAUCCCCGCCUUAUUAUUCUGAAAAGACUCAGCUGUACAGUAAGCCUCAUGAAGAGCCUUCCAACUCCCUCAUGGCAAUUGAAUGCCGAGUCUGUGGAGAUAAAGCUUCUGGGUUCCACUAUGGAGUUCAUGCUUGUGAAGGAUGCAAGGGUUUCUUCCGGAGGACAAUCAGAUUGAAGCUCAUUUAUGAUAGGUGUGACCUUAACUGUCGGAUCCACAAAAAAAGUAGAAAUAAAUGUCAGUACUGUCGGUUUCAGAAAUGCCUUGCUGUGGGAAUGUCUCACAAUGGUUUCUGGCCAUUUGUUAUCUAUGACAUGAAUUCCUUAAUGAUGGGAGAAGAUAAAAUCAAGUUCAAACACAUCACCCCCUUGCAAGAGCAGAGCAAAGAGGUGGCCAUUCGCAUCUUUCAGGGGUGUCAGUUCCGCUCAGUGGAAGCUGUGCAAGAGAUCACAGAGUAUGCCAAAAGUAUCCCUGGUUUUGUAAACCUUGACUUGAAUGACCAAGUAACUCUCCUAAAAUAUGGCGUCCAUGAGAUCAUUUACACGAUGCUGGCCUCCUUGAUGAAUAAAGAUGGGGUUCUCAUAUCAGAGGGCCAAGGAUUCAUGACAAGGGAAUUUCUAAAGAGCCUGAGAAAGCCCUUUGGUGACUUUAUGGAGCCCAAGUUUGAGUUUGCUGUGAAGUUCAAUGCACUGGAAUUAGAUGACAGCGACUUGGCAAUAUUUAUAGCCGUCAUUAUUCUCAGUGGAGAAAAUGCGAGGGGUAUGAUGCCAGGAGAACAUCACUACACAGGUAAAAUACCAGGAGAGAGGAUCAUAAAUUUGCUGUUGGAAGGCUGUGGGCAACCCAGGCAUUUCUUCUUUUAUCCUUCAUAAUAUUUUUUCCAGUCAAAUCCAAACAUGAAA